AUGUCGCCCGAAAAGCGAAUGGACCUGAGCGCCAAACCUGUAGCAGCUGACCCAAAUGGGCUCAGCGUGUCUAUACCCUACGAGGACCUGUCACCAGAAGUCCAGGCUAAUCAUUCGCCUGUUCUUUCGCCAGGUCAUGAGUCGCCUGUCCUUGAGGGUAUUAUUGACCCAGAGGCAGAGGAUUUCCACUCUGAUGAGGUGACCGAACUUAAUAAAGCGGUCGACGUCUGCACCAAACAGAUGAAAUUCGCCCAUACCGAUCACCGUACGGACGACGUAUCGUAUUAUUCUAAUAUAAUUGCGAUCAAGCAGAAACGCAUCGAUCAGCUACCUCAGGCCCAACGUGGACAAGACCACCGGGACAACCAGAAGUACAAGUGA